UUUGACGUCAAAAAAAUAUAAUCAUGUUUAUUCAAAACAUUAAAUUUAAUAUAAUACCACAGACUCUAGGACUAUAUAAUAUGUGCUUAGGAAAUAAUAAGUUUUUAAUUUAAUUUAAAAUGGAAGUUGCUGCGGAAUUUGAACCUUUUAUGAAAAACGGUUUUAAGCUCUUGCGUCGUACUAAAGAUGCAAAUUCUAUUAAACAAAUGUGGAAAUAUUUCGAUGAAGCUAUAGAAGAACAGUAUGGUUCAAAUCGACGUCCUACAAAUGCUGCAAAAAGAAUUCCUGUACCUACAGCAUUAAUGACAAAAGAUUUGGGCAAUGAACAAUUUGAUGUAGGUGCUGAGGAUGAGUCAAGUAGCUCAAGUUCUUCAUCAAGUCCUGCUCCUAGCACUAGCAAAAAUAUUGUAGAAGUUUGUUCAUCUCCACCCCCUACAAUAACCCUUGAACAAGCUAAAGCAGAUCCAGUAAUAAACAUUGACUCUGAUUCAGAUAUGGAAACUGAUCUAGAAGCAUAUUCUUGUUUUGUUUGCAAAGAGAGUUUUGUGCACAUGGGUAAUAGUUUAGUUGAAUGCUUGGACUGUCAUUCUAUGUAUCACCAAAAUUGCCACAGCCCUCCAAUUACAGACAUUAACUUAAAUGACCCUAGAAUAGUUUGGUAUUGUAGUAAUUGUCGUCAAAGAGAUUCUCAAAAAGCUCAGGAUACUCGUACUUCAGGAAAAGAUGGUAAUAAAAAGAGUUCUUCUAAAAGUACAAGUGCCAAAAUAGAAAAAUCAUCUACCAAAAGUUCACAACAUGCAAAAGCAAGCCCAAGUAAAUCAAAGUCGUCAUCAGAUAACAGCAGUCCUAAACACUUUCCACCUACAUCUAGUACUAUAUCAGCAAUGGAAAAACGAGUUCAAAUGAUGAAAAAAAAAGCAGCCAAAAAAAGUGAAAAAAAAAAAUGAAUUUUUAAUAAAAAAAAGUAAUUAUAAGAAAAAAACAUUAAUUAUAAUUUGUAUAUAGUUAAUUUUUAAUAACAAGGAUAACUUUUUUUUUAAUAAUCAAAUGGUUUCCUUUCAACAUCAAAAUCUUUGUAACCUAGUAAAAUUCUAAGUUAUAUAUUGUUUCUUAAAAUGCUACGCUACUUAUCUCAGUUUUAAAAACUUAACAAGAGAGCAAAAAACUAGUUUCUAUGUUAUCUAUCCAUCAAAUCUUCAUUGUAUUGAGGUCCCAUUUUUUUAUGCUUUUUCUAUUGACCAUGUUUGAAAUUUGAAUUCACUAGUGUAUACUCAUGUAAUGAAUGAAACAUUGUUACUAACUCAAAAUAUAAAUUAUUUGAUGUUGUAUCUGAAGUGAAUUUAUGUUGCCCAUAUUGAUAGGUAUGUUAUAAUCAAUUUUUACAAAAUAUAUAUUUAAAUUCAUAAAUUUA